AUGGGCGACGCGCGAGCAGAGGGGGUCCGGCAGCGUGGAGAGGUCGAUGUCGUAGUCGAUGCCGCCGUUGACGCCGGACAUGCGGGGUGGCGGGCGAGAUUGAGAGUGGAGCGGGCAUUCUCGGGUGGGGAAUGGGAGGAAGGGAGGGGUGAGGAAGCAAAGGUUGGGCAUUGUGAGGGGGUCGGGGUUGGGUUCUCCUCCUCCUCCAUCAUUCCCCACAUCAGCGCCUCUUCUUUUCUCUCUCCCAUCGUCUCUAUCGUCUCGUACAAAUCCGCGCUCGCCUCUUCGUCAACCCAACCACUUUACUCGCUCAGUCAUGAAUUACAAGGCCACCGCAACCAUCCAGUGGAUCCUCGUCUUCGGCGCCGGCAUCGCUGCCCUGCAAGUACGUCCCGACCGGGGCCUGUCCCGACCCACCGCGCUCCUCCUCUUCCCUACAUCCCAACCGCCCCACUAACCCUCAAACCCCCUGCCUACCUCGCAGCUCGGCAAAGCCCAUUCCCGCGACCAGGCCCAAGUCAUGUCGGGUCACUACGACGGCGCCACCACGCGGGAAGACAUCUCGCAAGCCAUAGUCUCACACAACGACGAAGUGGCGCAAGACCACUAAAACCGCCGCCCUCGCACCAGAUCCGCUGCCCGCACAGCCCGCGCCACCUCCGCACGAUGCACGCGCACCAUGUCCACGCCGCCGCCCAUCAGUGCUGCCCCGAUCGCCCCGGAUGUGGCCCAGUCCCGCUCCUCGUUCGAGCCCUUCCCAAGCCACGACUUGCGGCUCACCCCGAGCAGCGUCGGAAGUCCCCCCACCGCCCGCUGGAACUUGACGCCGUCCCGCACUAGCGUCGCGCUCUGCUCCGCCGUCUUGGCGAACCCGAUCCCCGCAUCCGCAAUCACGGACCAUCGGCACACGCCCGUGCUGAGAAGCUCGUUCACCUGCUGCAGGAGUUCGUUCCCCACGGCUUGCGCCAUGUCGCCGUCGUACUGCGUCAGCGUCUGCAUCGUCCCGGCUGUCCCGCGCAUGUGCAUCUGCACCGUUGCCGCCCCGCUUCGUCGCACCACCUCGUGCAUGCUGCUGUCGUGUCGUCCCGCGGACACGUCGUUGAUUAUCUCGGCCCCGUGUGCCACCAUUUCUGAUGCCACUGACGCGUCAAACGUAUCAGUGGAGAUGAUCAACGACGGAAACUCACGUCGAAUCGCAUCAGUGAUCGCCAGUACACGCUUCAGUUCCUCACUUGCGCCGACUGUCUCCGCGCCUGGCCGCGUGCUUUGGCCGCCGAUCUAUGGUCAUUUUUAGGAGUAGUACUUUUUUGUUAGCUUCCAAGGUAAACGUAGUGUGUUCCGGGA